AUGCGUGUGCUCUAUUUCUUUUUUAUUUUUAUUUUUCUAUUUUGUUUAUUUGUAUUUGAAUGGCAUCCGGGCUUCAUUAUUCAACAGACGCGUACUUGUGUGUGUGUGUGUGUGUGUGUGUGUGUGCAGGGAGGGCAGAAACUGAUCAGGAUGCAGCUGCUUGACACGUGCGUCCCGGAUCUUGAACGCUACAUUAUUGGCGAAUACUUGGGUGAGGGCUCCACGGGAAUCGUGUUUCGAGUGUCCGAUGCUCUUACAAAGAAGGACUACGUGCUGAAGCAGAUUUCUCUUGAGUCUGUAGGGGCUGAGGAGCGGCUACGAGCAAAAAAGGAGAUCCUUGUGAUGAACGAUGUCGAUCACCCGAAUAUCGUCAAGUUCCGCGAAAGCUUUAGCGGCGCAAAUUCUGUCAAUAUUAUCAUGGAGCACUGUGAGUCGACGCUUGAGGAGCUUAUUGAGCGACGACAGGCAGAUGGUGGGGAGCCAUUUCCAGAGGAUGUCAUCAUCGAGUGGAUGGCUGAGCUGCUUUGCGCCCUUGCGUACUUGCAUUCCCGCUCCAUUCUUCAUCGGGACAUCAAGACAAGCAAUAUUUUUAUCACGGGAAAAAAUCAUGUGAAGCUUGGAGACUUUGGUGUGUGCACUGUCCUUACGAGCACCUCCGUGGCGGCCCGCAGCAUGAUUGGUACCCCUCUUUACUUUUCUCCAGAGGUGUGUGAGGAGGAACCCUACGACCAGCGCAGCGAUGUGUGGAGUCUCGGUGUGGUGUUCUAUGAGAUGUGUACCCUACGGCGCCCCUUUGAAGCCGAACAUCUUCCUGGUCUUAUCCGGCAGAUUCUCACAAAGGAAGUGGCCCCGUUUAACACGGGACUGGACACGCGUUUUGAGGAAAUAGUGCGUGGGAUGCUCAGUAAAAAUCCUAGCGACCGCCCGACGGCACAGGAAUUGAUUGACAGCCACCUUGUCGUGCCUGCAAGUCAUCCGUCGCAUCCGUCGCAAAAGCCCUCAAGGGGUCGGCUCAUUCAGCAUUACUAUGGGCCCGAGCUUGCUUUUAGGAAGAAAGAGACAACUUCAUCCCCAUCGGAUAGCCGGUUGCUGCGGAAAGAAGAAGAGGAUCAGGAAGGCCAGUGGCCAGUGCCACUCCAACUAAAACCGCUUCCCUGUAAAAAUAAGUCUCGAUCUUCAGCCGUCACACAAAGGGAAUCCGUAGGCGUAGUCAAGGGAGUUCAUAAAGUAGUCACGGAUAGAAUGAACUUGGGUAAGGUGACCGGAAAGGAACUUAGCCAUGAGGAGCGAGUAAAGGCCAUGAAACGCAUUAAAGACGCAAAGAGCAAAAUUAAUAUGGUGGAACUGCGUCAAAACAUGCUUUAUAAGCGUCUUCAACUUUUUGGUGAGUUAAAUGUCUCUCCUACGGACGAGGUUCCGGUGGUGAUUGAGCUGCAACAGCGCCUGCAACCCGCGCGGGUCACUGAAGCCAUUUCCGAUAGUUCUUUAGAAUGUUCUCCAACGAUGCGUCCAAGAUCGAGAUUUAUGGAAGACAUUGCCACCGUAAUUGAGUCCCACUCAGCUGAUGGGAAAAAGAUUGCACUCGAAGAACUCGAGGAUGUCGCAUUACUACUUUGCCAAUACAAAGUCACAAAUUAUGGCCUUUGCUGA